GCAAUUUCCCUUCCGCUCUGUAACUCUUGAACCCCUUGAAGGAUUUCAAAGAAACCUGACACAAGUGUUCACCUCAUCGAAAUGACAUGCAGAGUGCAUGUUUAGGAUGGCUCACUUCAAGGUCAAGGUCACACUUAGGGGUCAAAGGUCAUAUGACUUUGUUUUGUGUGUAUAUUGCUCUGCAUUUGAGUUGCAUUGCAGAGCUCUUGUUUUUAUUUGGCAGAUCCUUCUUUUGUUCACUUACAAUAUUUUUUUUUAAUUACUUCCCUUUUAUGUUACUGUAAAUAGCUUAUUUAGUAACUUUUUUAUUAUUGGCAGUAGGGAAAAACUGAGACCAAUUUUCUGUGGUACAACAUGGAUGAUGUAACCUCCAAUUUUUAGGUGUAUUUUGACAUAUCUGUACCUUGUAAGGAUUUUUUUUUCUUUUUGGUUAAAUUUCUUCCCUUUGUUGGAUUUUUUGACCUUCUUGUCCUUAAGUGCAAUGAUAACAGGUGAGCGAUAUAGGGCCAUUAUGGCCCUCUUGUUAAUCUUUUGUACUUACAACACUUUUCAUUGUCUCAAUGUUAAAAAUUGUAAUGCACUGGCUGUUAUUAAAGAAUAUUCGAGUGUCAGCACCAGUCUAAUGUUUAUUUAUAAAUUUCCAAAUGAUGAAGAUUACAGUGUUUUUACAAUCAUAUAGUGAUAUACAUGUACCUAUUAAUACUGUAAAGAGUAUUGAUCUAUAAUGUUCAAUCUGGAGUGUUUUCCAAUAUGACCUGGUAUAUUAUCCUUACUCUAUUUAUGACAUUGUAAUGUAAUGUAUACUGAUAUAAUUAAUUUAUUGAUCACAUCUUCAGUGAUAUUUCAUGUAAUAAAAGUGAUUAAUGGUAAUAUUUUGGUCAGGGAUGAGACUUUGAUGAUGAACUGAGUGAAACAGACGCCAUGGAGGUGUCCAAACAGAAAAAAGAUGAGGCAACAGUUGUAAGUGGCCAGUUUAAAGCUGCGCAUGCAAUAGGAAGCCUCAAACACCGGAGAAACAAAACUCGGAAAAGAAAGCUUACAAAGUUUGAACGGAGAUACUCGUCGCUUGGACCAUUGUUACGUCCAGAACAAAAACGUAUUGACUAUGUACUCGUUCAUAAGGUUAAAACUGUGGAAGAUUAUGAUGAUGAGGAAAAGAAAAUGUCCCAGAAGAGAAAGGAAGAUUUAAGGGAGCGAUUUGAGAAAGCCUUGCGGGUCGAGGGUUUCUCUAUAAAAGAAGAGACAAUCGAUGGCUAUGUAUAUAAAAAGCUACACUGUCCAUUCAAACGAAUGUGUAAAGAGGCAGAAAAAGUGAAGCUAGAGAUGCCAUUAAAAGGGGGUGACAAACCUUCCCAUUUGUGUGAGACUAAUCCCACAGAGCGAACUACUUUCAUCACAGAAUUCAUAGAGAAAUAUUUUGAAACUGAUAAUGAAGUUGAUUACAUAAGUGCUCCUUUCAAGAUGAACAAGAUUGACAUGUUUGAAGGAUACGACAAUCCAACCUACUUUUUCCGUCCAGCAAUCCGAUCACUCCUAACUCACCAUAUUUUGAAUAACAUUGAUGUGAGGGACAGAUCAAAACAGGGGGAGAAAAUUGCAGAGAAGUUAGAAAUAGAUGGUCAUGGGAACACAAAUUUGGUGUAUGCCCAGCUACAGAUUGUUGAAGACUGUGUCACAGACUUUUGUGCAUGUUGCCCCUGCUAUCCCAGAGAUUCAGAAAAUCCAGAUAAUAUUGUUCUUUCCAAGAUGGGUUUACCCUAUAUGCUGUUAAAAGAGGUCUAUAUAGAUGCAUAUAUUCUGCAUGAAGAUUCUGAGCUCAGUAAAUUGAUGGAAGAUCCAUCAGAUGAUGAGAAGAAAAGAAAAGCAGACACCAAAGAGGAACCAGAAAAACGAGAUCUCAAAGUGGAUCCCAGGAAAGAUCUUGAUGGUCCAUGGACUACCUUCUGGAAAUUUCAGCCUGUUUGGAAGAUUAGAAAUUACUUUGGGGAAAAGAUUGCUCUGUACUUUGCCUGGGCAGGACUACUGAUUUCAAGCUUGUGGAUUCCGACAUUUUUUGGACUGGCGUGUUUUAUUUAUGGUCUUACUGUAAGUAUUGAAAGAGGAGAAGAAAAUGUAGAAAUGCCAGCAAAUCUCACUGCUCAAGAAGAGAUUAAAUGGCGUUUGGGUCAGUUAUAUAACACUGUGAGCGGAUCAUUUGACAAUGAUGUUACUCCAUUUUUUGCUAUGUUGAUCUGCUUGUGGGGGACAUUCUUUCUGGAAUUGUGGAAGAGAUACAAUGCCAGACUGUCUUAUGAGUGGGAUGUGGACCAGUUUGAACAAAAUGAACCAGACAGGCCAGAAUUUUUUGGAACUAAAUUAAAAAUAGAUCCUGUGACACAGCAACAUGACUGGUUCUAUUCUUGGAAGAGACAGAUGCUCAAAUUUUGUAUUUCUGCUUCAGCAUUAAUCUUUAUGAUAUGUUUGGUAUUUAUUAGUGUGGCAGCAGUGGUAGUGUAUCGUGUCAUUGUCAGUGUUGAUUACUGUGGUAAAAUCAGCACCGUCAGUUGUCUCAUCCUGACUAAUAUCCUCUCAGCUUUACUCAAUGCCGUCUCAAUACUCAUUCUAGGCAAGAUAUAUGAUUGGGUAGCAUGGAAAUUAACAGAGUGGGAGAAUCAUCGAACCCAGACUCAGUAUAACGAUGCUCUCAUCAUAAAGCUGUUUGCUUUCUCAUUUGCCAACACAUACGCCUCAUGUUUCUACAUAGCAUUCUUCAGAGGGAGGUUUGGAGGUAUAUUUGGACUAUCAGAUGAGUAUAAUGACGAGUGUGAAGGGGAUAGUUGUAUGUCACAACUGUCAUUUCAAGUCUGUGUUCUCAUGCUUGCCAAACCAUUACCCAAGUUUCUCAAGGACAUUGUUUUACCGUUUAUCAGGAAAUUAUGGCGUACCCGGCCUGACUGCUGCCGAUGUUGUGAUAAAGGUUGUUGUUGUUGUAACAAUAAGGUCGAGGAUGAAGAGAAAGGCUCAAAGAUGCCCGACACCGACACACUGAGUAUGAAAAGGUCAAAGGCUUUCUUAAAGAAGGAAAGAUAUAAACCGCCUCUCGGAGAUUUCACACUUGGGGAAUAUACUGAGAAAGUUAUCAUUUAUGGUUUCCUUAUGCUGUUUGCUGCAUCAUUUCCUCUGGCACCUUUGAUAGCCUUGAUCAUAUUGUUUCUGGAUAAACAUAUCGAUGCUAAGAGACUGUUGUGGUUGAACAGAAGACCUGUAGCCUUCAUUGCUCAAGAUUUAGGCAUGUGGUUUGGGAUUCUACAAUUUGUGAACCUGAUUGGUGUGGUCUCAAAUGGAUUUCUUAUUGCCUUUACCUCAGCAUGGGGCCUUAAAUACAGUAUACAGACCAGACUGUGGAUUUGUAUAGGAUUUGAACAUAUUGUGUUUACCCUCAAGUUUAUACUUGCCUACCUUAUUCCUGAUGUGCCUAAAGAUGUUAGACUGGCAAUACGAAGGGAAAAAUACCAAGUUGCAAAGAAGUUUGAGGAGAAAAAUAAACCUCUGGAUUAUACGGAACUGGUACCAGCAGCUACCUAUGAUGAAAGAAAAUUUGAUACCAGGGUAAAAGAUAACUCUGCCAACUACGGAAACUUUCCGGAAUUACCCCUAAGUUCUGAUGAAGACAAAAAUGGCGGAUCAGAACCACCUGCACCAUGGACCAGCAGCAAGAAUGAUCUUUCUACAGUGGAAGAGGAAGCUGAGCCUAAUCCGAUGUCACCAAAAAGUAGUACUAAGCACAAGGAAUGGUACGAGGUUGAUACGGACACUGAACUCCAAUCACCAAGCUUGACUCAGAGCCACGGGGUUGCCAGUUUACGAGCGAUUAACCCGGAGGGCAGUAUGUUAAAUCAGACAGCAUCGCAGGAUAAGCUGAGUCCUAUUGUGGAAAAAAGCAGUAAGGACGCUACCAAGUCACCCGGGAAAGAAAGCCAGUACAGCCCGAAUUACCUACCCAGCUCACCCCCUCCUCCGACACCCAAGUAUCACGUGGAUUCUGAUAAUUUGGUGUCGGAUGAUACUGACAGUAAUGCAGUAAAAAUUGGUCUUGACACUCCCACAAAUCCCUACUCUGUUGUCAGUGUGGCUGAUUUAGAGCAUCACAAGAUGAAUGAUCACACUGCAGGGAACCAGGAGACAAGCUGUUGAUGCGAAAACAGAGUAGACAUAGAAACUAAAGUUCUGCAGCACAUAGAUCAGGGAACCAGGGGAGAAACUAACGAUCUGAGUAGAUAAUAGAAACUAAACACAUACAAUGAAUAGGUUGACACAAAUAGCAUUGUAUAUCUGAACUUUGAUUGUUUGAGCAAAAAAUGAUUUGUUAAACAUAUUAAUCUUUCUAAAAUGGACUGGUCCAUCAUUCAGUUUGGGCAGAACCACUUAUUAUUCAAAGGAGAGCUCACUGAAAAUUUUCUGACUGAAUAGCAAACUGCAGACCAUGAUCAGCCUGCACGGAUGUGCAGAAUGAUCUUGGUCUGCACUGGCUGCAAAGGCAAAAUCACAUGCCACCAGCAAGCUGAGGGUUAAAUGAUGUGCACUGUUAAACAGAAUGGAUUUCUCAAAGUUUUGGUUUGAAGCAUCCAAACAGGAGAGUUGGAAUUGAAUAAUAUUAUGAUAACAGUUAAAUUCGUGAAAUAUUUAGAAUCUUACUUCUGAAACAGAAUAUGUUGUAUGUACAUUUUGUGUAUCUAUGGUAUAAUAUGUAGACAUACAUCUUAUCAGGAAAUUCAUGUCAUAGUCACAAAUUUAGAUAAAAAUGUUAUGUAAAAUGUCUUUUAUAAAUCUAGUAGACCUAAAUGUGCUGUGAAUGUCAAUUUUUCCCCAAUGUUGGUUCAUAUAGUGUCUGUAGAAUGUCACCGUCAUAUCACUUAGGUAAAAAUUAAUGUUUUCACUUUUUAGCUUGACUAUACGGAGUAAAGGUAGAUAUGUGGCACUCACCGAGUUUUUGCCGUCUGCGUUUAAUUCGGUUAAGUUUUGAAUGUAAGCUGGUGUCUCAGUACCCGCUAAAGGGAAUGAAUUGAAACCUCGCACACUUAUUCACUGUGCUGAUCCGGCAGGCUUUGCAGGGGUUUCAUAACUUUAUUUUGCACUCUUGUAAAGUUAUGCCCUUUGUUUUGACUAAGCAAUAUUUUUAGUGUUAUCUGUUAUUUCAUUAAGCAUUAUGAGAGAUAAAAGUUCUGUGACUCAGAAUUGUUGCCACAUUCAUAUGUGUUUACCAGUAUAUAUUUUCUUUCUUUGAACUUUUUUAAUAACAAGGCUUUUCAAUAGUCGACUGUUGCUGUCCUCCGAUAGCACUUAUUUAUCAGAAAGUAAAUUUCAGUUUCAAUAUAAAAACAAAACAUUCCUGCCUGUUGCAUAAAACCAUAGCCUACCCUUUUUUAUAAGGAACUUUUAUUUGUUUUUUUUUUAUAUUAUAUUAUUUCUGUUUGUCAAACAGCUGUAUUUUUUAUUUGGUCUCUGAACAUAUCAGUAUCAACAGGGAUUUUUUUCAAGGAAUUUCACAAAUAUUUUCACAUUGUUCUGUGAUAAAUAAUGUUUAUAUUUAUUAACUGUGUAUUACAUUGCAUGUAGAUAUAUUUACAAACGACUGUGAUAUUAGUGUGUUGAUUAUUUGUGUCAUGCACAUGUACAUUUAAGUUAUUUAUUUUAUUGUAUUUUUAUGACAGCUUUUCCAUGGUAUAAAAUAUGGUGGUCAGUAAGUUUAGAUAAUGCAUCACCAUUUAGAUAUUGCGUCAUCUUUGGGUUCAUAUGAGAGAUCUUAACCAUUAGCCUGCUAAAUUUCUAAAAUGGACUGGUCCAUCAUUCAGUUUGGGCAGUACCAUUUAUUAUUCAAAGGGGUGUUCACAGAAAAUUUACUGACUGAAUAGUGAACAGUGCAGACUGUCGCAAAGGCAAAACCAAUUGCCAUCAUCAGGUUAAAGGUUAACUUCACUGACAUUUUAUGUUGGUUUUCAUCAUAAUUAUGACAUGUUAUGUAAUAGUUAUUUUUCUGUUUGUGACAUACUGGGGUUGUGAAAUACACCAGUUUAAUGGGUAUUUUUUAAGUGGCACAGUUUUUAAUUUAGAUAUACAUUGAGCACUUAAAUAUCAAUAUUGUGGUAUGAAAAGGUAUUCACUUCAUUUAUUUUUAUUUAGAAGCAUGUACUUUAGACAUUUAAAAACAGCAGGAAAAAAGCUUUCGUGUACAUGUACUUACUUGAGUGUAUAAAGAUUGUACUUAAUAUAGCGCAUUGAAAAAACUUUCUUGUACUUACUUAAGUUGUGCUAUCACAUCUAAAAUGCCAGUCUUUGAUAUACCAUUGCUGCAGAAAAGUUGUAAAAGUUUUAGCUUUUAAAUCAUGUAUACACAACUCUUAUAUUUCAAUAGACUUUUGUCCCAUGUAGUUCUUUAUCCCAGCAGGUAUAAAAGUUUUGAUUUUAUACCUCAUACUUUUAUUUCAAUUUGAAUGAGAUGUGAAACCAAACUUUUAAGUCCUGUUUGGCUUCAUAUAACCUGUACAAUGCUAAUGCCCUAUAAAACCCAAAUCAAAUGCCAUAAAUCAAAUUAAUAGGCUUACACAUUGCUUGUAAAUCUAAACAAUCAUCAUUAUAUACCUUUCAUGCUGAAUGUGUACUUCAUAAAUCAGAAGACACAAAAUGCUUCAACCCAUAGGGUGCAAUGUACAAACUGAUUUAAUUUAUCAUAGAGUAGAUUAUUACAUACUUGUUCCUAUUCCCCGUUAAGUUACACUGGUACCGGAAACGUCAAUAUUUUUCCAUACACUGACGCCUGAAUUUCAUAUCAGGUGCGUGACGUAAUUCAGUGCCUGUUGUUGCACUAUUUUUUUCUAUUUAGUUCAGUCAAUCCUAUUCAGGCUAUGGAACAAUUUUAUGAUAUUUACAUUAUGUCUGUACGUGUAAAUGCGUAUGUAAUAAAAAGGUUAUUAUCUUUGCAUCGGGAAAUGCACUCGUCCUUCAGCGGAAGAAUAUUGCGCUCCUAAAGUCGCGUAAUAUUUCCGCUGAAGAACUCGUGCAUAUUUCCUGAUACAAAGAUAAUAACCUAUAAUUAUAUUCAUAGAAUAUAUCCCCUACUUGUUAUUUUGUAAAAUAUUUAAGUAAAUAUGUCCCUUGAUAUCUAAAAGGCAGACCAUAUUUUUAUUAUUACAAAUAUUUUACAAAUUACCACAGAGAGAACAGCAUCAGAGUAUAAUAUUGAAAUACAAAGUAGUUCAUGACAAUGAAACAUGAGAAAUGUGUACUUUAACAAAUAUAUAUGGAGCAUCACAUGAUAACAGAAUGUUGACAGAGUUGAUUUGCAUUUUAAUAUAGCAUAUCUGCAGUUCAAUGUGCACUUUAUUGGGAUUGGCAAUGCUAAUAUAUCUUUUUAAAGGUGUAGAUAAUAGUCAGAAAUAUUAUUUGAGAGCAUAUCAUGUGACAUAAUAAAUUUGUUCACAUUAACUUAAUUGAACCUUCGUCAUAUUCUCACACAAAAUGUGUAAAACUUUGGUGUUAUUCGUCAGAAAUACAAGUAUGAGGACAAUUCAACAGGGUUCGCACAGGCUUGAAAAGUACUUGAAAAUGAAGGGCAGUCUUGAAAAGUCCUUGAAAACAAUUUGUCUUGAAAAGUGCUUGAAAAUUGCCCAAAAACCUUAAAAAGUACUUGAAUUUCUUAUUUUCUCGUAUGCUAGACAAUUCAAAUCUCCCUGAAAAUCAAAAGUAAAUCUUUUAGAAUAAAAUCGACAAGUUUCGAGCAAUAGGCAGAGCUACGAAAACGCCGUAAUAAAAAAGGUCGAAUGUGUUCGGGACGAAAGCGAAGUUUGGGUACAAAUGUUUCGUACUUUCUGUUAGUGUUGUCUCCCCUGACUAAAAUGGCGUCAAUUCGUCACGGCUAGAAUUUACAAAUCUGUGUAAGUAUUAUUUAUAAAUAAGUCCUUGAAAACUAUAAGACUAGUGCUUGAAAAGUCCUUGAAUUUGACUCGGCCUUGUCUGUAUGAACCCUGAUUCAAUGAAUUCUGUCAUUAAUGGUCUUCCAUAGAAACUAUUGUAUAUUACAGCACCGGGUUUCUCAACAUACCUGUGAAAUAUCGAUUUAAUCCAGUUACAAUUAACCAAAUUAUUCCUUGUUGAAUGAUACACACAUACACACUGGCUAUAUUUCAUACUUUGAUGGAACAUGAAGAAAAAGUAGAAAUCAGGGCUAUUAAGUUGAAGUGUGAGUUUCUUUGCGAGGAUCUCCAAGAGAAAUAUUUUCUGAACUGUUUCUUUUACACAAUAUGAUAUAGUUCUGUAGUGACAUUAAAAAAAAUUUCAAAGAGGGUCAAAGUAGUCUUCGAGACAGCAACCCCGCAGGCAUGCCUGUUGUUAUAGCAACAAAGAAAAAAACUGCUGACAUUAGGAGUAUGGUAGAAGAAAAUGCUUGAUAUACUGUAUCCCAAAAAGCUCACUAUACAGGAAUUUCAGAAGGGGCGUAGCUUCCAUCAUAUUCUGACAGACCAUUUAAAAUUAAAGAACAUAAAUAUUUUGUUGACACCAACUUAUGUUUAUUAUUUUGAGCCCCAGCGACUCAUAAUGUAUAAGGGCUGAGUGAAAGUCAGGCAAUGCAGAAAAUUGCAAAAUGGACAGAAAGUGCCAAGAAGGUUUUAUAUGCCAUUUUCUGCAAUUCUAUUGGUCCAUUGUACAAAAUCCUUGAGAGGAGGGUAAAACAAUCACAGGCAAAUCCUAAAAAAUUAAUGUAUAUAUAGCUUUCAAAAAUUUGUAUCAAAAUAAACACCCCAAGUAAUUGAAGGUUUUAAAGGCAUACAGCUUCUUCAUGAUGGUGUAUUUGCCCACAAAAGCCUAACUAAACUGUCUUUCUUAGAAGAUGAAAAAGUUGUUCAGGUUGAGCCCCCACCUUAUUCUCCUAACCUUAGUCCCUGUGACUUUUUCUGUUUCCCUUGUUAAGAGUUAGGUCCAUGUUUCGGAGAAAAAAGUUUGAAGAUCACCAAAGCAUAGAAAGAAAGCAUACUUUUACAUGAAAAUUAAACAGCAUAUAAAACAUGUACAUUAUUCUACAAAACCAAGGUCAAUUUACUCAUAUAUAUAUUGAAUUCCGUAAAGGGACUGCAUGAAGGGGCCACACUUCUGUACAGUUCAGCGCCUUUAAAAAGCUGUUGCAUGUCUUCGUUUUGAUGCAUUUACAACAGUGUACCAGUCUUUAAUUUAACUAGGUAAAACAUCGUUUUUGACAGUUGUUUACAUUUAUUUCUUUACAAAUGGCAUUCUUUUUUAAAGGGGGACAACUCCUUUAGAAUAUUUCAAGUAUCCAAUUCUAUGGGACAGAACAGUAAAACAUGUAUGGGACAGAUGAGUUGUUUGUCAAGAUAAUGUUGGUUUACUAAUAAUUUUUGUUGUUUUGUGAUAUACUGCUAAACCUUAAAGAAAAUACUCUCAAGUAAACGCUUCUGGUUCAGCAAUUUUUCACUCAGUGUUAUUCCAAGGGGAGACUAAUUUGCAGCAAUUAGGUCAUGGAUUAACAAGACUGAAGGGAUGACUGGAAAUUUGUUUUUAUCUGGUUGAUAAUUAAGGCAUACCAAGACCAUUGACAGAAUUGAUCGAAUCACCCUUGUAGGACAGAAAUUUGCCAAUAAUUAACAUAUCUGAGAAAAUUAGUGUAGAUACCUUUUCACUUUUUGUGAAUACCUUAUAUUCCCUUUUAAAUGCCCCAGGAGGCAUUACAUUUUACAAAAAUAUGGCCCUAAAUGUAAGUUAUGUUAUACUGUUUUAAGUAAAUAUAAACUGUAAGUCCAACAUAUAUACUAAAGUGAAGGUUAACAAUAAUAGCACUACCAUAGUGCUGGUAUUCACUUAUGACCGAAAUUAACAUAAAGAAAAUGGAAAAUAAGAGAGGGUGCAUUUAUUACAGGGAAGAUAUUAAUUGGGCAUAAUAUGUAUACAAAUGUUAUUCUACCUGCUCUUUAAGUAUGUGUAUUAUAACAACUGACAUAAUGUGAGCACGAAAAUCAGUUGAAUCACUCUUUUUAAAAUAAUACUUCAAAUCAGAUGAAUUGCUCAAACUGCUUUAUUUCCGCAUGCCAGAUUUAUUCUUUUUAUGUACAGAAUGAAGGCAUUUUUGCCGGUAAUGUUUUGGUUUUUGUUUUCUAUGUUAUUUUGUAAAUCUGACUUAUUUUAAAUGUGAUUUGCUCAUAAACAAUUGUAUUGAUAGCAUUCCAUCCUGAAAUGCUUUACAUUCUACUAUGGAUUUUUUACAGGUUUUAUUAUUUAUUUCCACAAUCAUUUUUAUGUGAAACAUGUUCUUUGAAAUGAAAUCUCAAAUUUUACUUCUGUAACAAUCCAUUUCCUCAUUAAAUCUCAAACAUGCUUGCAAGUGCUACAUAAGAAUAUAAUCACUUUUUUCUGUCAUUUCUUUGGUCAUUUUGCACAUUACAUUCUGAUGAUAGUGCGUAGGCCAAAAACUGUUAGACAAAUCAUGAAGAUAUUGUUAAAGAUAUCCAGUGCCAUUCUUUCACUAAAAUAUUUUAUCUUUAGAUAUUUUCUUCAUAUGUGGAAAAUCCUCAUCAGAUGUAUCUAAAUUUACUAAACACAGUUGACACUCAGUAUCUCGAAUUCCAAGGGACCGAGCAUUUUACUUCGAGAUAGUCGAAAUUCAACUUAAAACUUACGUUUCUUGCACAUGUUUUUGGGACAUGACUUUAAAAUAUCUUUGAGAUAGCCUGAAAUCGGAGAUAAGCGAGUUUGUGUUAUCGAGUUUCAACUGUAUAUAAUUGUAAAUGCAGAGCUACAUUUCAUAUUUAAAUGUGUUGCAGUAACAGUUGAUUGAUAAAUUUUUUUUUUAAAGUUUGUUAGUGGUAGUGCACAUUUAUACUGCAUUUAGCUAUACAUUUAUCAGGUGUGUUCUGUUUACCAAAUGCAUGAUACUGUUGAUACACACUCACUUGUUAAUUUUGUGUUAACAUAAUUAUAAUAUGUAGUAAUUGUUUGUAUUUUCAGAUACGAAAUUUGGUUCUAAUAUACCUUUAACAAGUUGUAAUAUUCAAGAGAUUAACAUUUGACUCACCUGAAAGAAAACAGUUUAUGUGGGUCAGAUUUUUAAUCUGCUUCUCCAUGAUUUUCACACACGUCAAAAAGUGCACCAAAGUUCAGAAACCAAAAUUACUUGCCUUACAUAUACAUUUUAUAUUGAAUGAACGAUAUUCCAUACUGGAAUUAAGAGUCCGUUGAAAUCAUCAAUGAAAAAUAAAUUUUAAGGUAUUGGACCUGUAAUGGCAAUUAGCAUUUUCCGCUCGGUUACAUAUUCUCCAUAUGCAGUUUCAGAAUUCCCAGGUUGUUACGAAAAAGCAUAUUUUCUGUUAUGGCUGACAGAUGCUGAAGUAAGAUACGAUGAUACGCAAGUGCACAGAAAUUGCCGAUUGUCAUUACGGGUCUACUACCUUAAGUAAAUAUGGGCAUUUUUUGUACUGGUAUAUAUUUAGUGUUCAUGUUUCUGUUAUAUGAUAUAACUAUAUUUUCAUUUUCAGAAUUUGACAAUGGUUUCUCAUCAUUUUAAUAUAUUGACAAUCUUUCUACUGGUUGGAAAAUGUCUUAGAUGUGUACAGUUCACUUUCCUAAAGAAUGUACUUCUUUUCUACUUCAUUAAGAUAUCUGUAUAAGUAAUGUACAAGGCUUCCACUCUGACAAACCUAACAAAUUUCCAAUUUUUCAUGUCUGUACAACUUUCAAAUAAUCAGGGACCCUAAAAUAGAUACAGCUCAGUAACAAAUAUAUCAUUUCACGCAUCGUAUUUUGAAAAUACAUGAUUUCUUUAACAGAGAUGGAGGUUGAAAUGAAUUUUGUCUGGUGGGAGAAUGUUGUCUUAAAUUCCUUUUGAUAGAAUCUCUAUUAUGGCAUAAUUUUGAAGGUGGUUCAUCAGACUUUGGUUGUAUAAUUGACUUGUUCAAAAUGUUAACAUCUGAUCAUUUACAUCUAUUUCUACAAACUUAAUGUUUAAUACAUAUUAGAUUUUCGCUGUGGUAGACCUCUGAUAUGUUAGAAUGUAAACACUUGAAAAAGAUACACAUUGAUUCUGUUCAUUAACUUAAAGUCUUCAUGUUUUAGAUUUUAGUUGAUACUAUAUUUAUUAGUUACAUUUCAGGCAAAAAGUACAUUUACAUGCAUGUUUUGUAGAAUUGUUAGUAAUUUAGGUAAUAAAAGCUUUGUAAUACA